AUUGAAAUUCCACGAGAAUUCUAUAUAACAGCUGAAAAAAAUAAAGUCAUUUGUAAUUUUAUUACAAAGUACUUAGUUGCUUUUUGCUUUGAGCAUUUGCGUAACGCACAUUAUAAUAAACGGCAUUUUGUACAUUGUUGGAUAAUAUUUUACAAUUCUUGUAAACUUGAUUUAUGUGAAGUUAGAAGUAGAAGACAGACUCCAGCGCCAACGAAAGCAAAAAAUUACGCAAACUGCAAAAGAAGUAAAAGUAAACCAGUUUGAAUUUUAAAACGUGGUUUUCCUACCAAGGCCGGCAAAUAUCACAUUAGUGAACCGGCACAUUUAAAUAAAAUAACUCAAUAAAGUAAUAUUAACAAAAUGGCUGCACCAAUUAAAGUUGUGGUAACAGGAGCUGCUGGCCAAAUUGCGUAUUCACUGCUGUACCAAGUUGCUUCUGGUGCUGUUUUCGGCCCAGACCAACCCGUAUACCUCCAUCUUCUUGAUAUUGCCCCAAUGAUGGGAGUUUUAGAAGGUGUUGUUAUGGAACUUGCUGAUUGUGCUUUACCACUUCUCGCCGGAGUUCUGCCUACUGCCAACCCAGAGGAAGCAUUUAAGGAUGUCGCUGCUGCAUUCCUUGUUGGUGCCAUGCCGAGAAGAGAAGGUAUGGAGAGGAAGGAUCUGCUCUCUGCUAAUGUACGCAUAUUUAAAGAGCAAGGGCAAGCGUUAGACAAAGUUGCCCGUAAAGAUGUGAAAGUUCUUGUUGUUGGUAACCCUGCAAACACUAAUGCUUUCAUUUGCGCCAAAUAUGCUCCGUCUAUUCCUAAAGAAAAUUUCACUGCUAUGACUCGUCUCGAUCAAAACCGUGCGCAAUCUCAACUGGCUGCAAAAAUUGGUGUACCUGUACAGGAUGUCAAGAAUGUCAUUAUUUGGGGAAACCACUCGUCUACACAAUUCCCUGAUGCUUCAAAUUCUGUUGUUAAAGUUGGUGGAGCUGAAAAACCAGUUCCCGCUGCGGUUAAUGAUGACAACUACUUGAAGACCACUUUUGUUUCAACUGUACAAAAACGCGGAGCUGCCGUAAUAGCUGCAAGGAAAAUGUCCUCUGCAUUGUCGGCUGCAAAAGCAGCAUCAGACCACAUGAGGGAUUGGUUCCUAGGAUCUGGUGAUCGUUGGGUUAGCAUGGGUGUGAUUUCUGAUGGCUCAUAUGGAACACCAAGAGAUGUUGUAUACUCAUUUCCUGUCACUACUAGUAAUGGAAAGUGGAAGAUUGUUGAAGGUCUUACUAUUUCUGACUUUGCUCGUGAGAAACUCGAUGCGACGGGUAAAGAGUUGGUUGAAGAAAAGCAAGAUGCUUUGGAUGUAUGCAAAGAUUGAUAAUGAUAAUAUAAGAAUAAUUUUGUACAUGUAGCAUUACUGAAAAAUAUAUACUGCAUGUUAUCGUCACAAUGAUAUUAUUGGCAAUAAUUUCGUUUUGUUAUUUCAAAAUUUUUUGUUAUAAGUUUAUACAACAGAUUAUUUAGGAGUAGGUGUUUAGAAAUGUAAUCAGUUGAUAUAAUUUAUGAUUUAUACAUAAUAAAUAUUUUAUAAUUUUU